AUGCGGUUGCUCCCGGAAUGGCUUCUCUUGCUCUUUGGCCCGUGGCUCCUGAGGAAGGCCGUCAAUGCCCAGAUACCGGAGUCCAGGAGGCCGCAGUACCUGGAGCUGCGCCCCGCCACGGCCGGAGGCGGCGCCCCAGGCCAUCAGCUCCCGGCAGCGCCGAAGUCCUCCGACGGCCUGGGCACCGCGCGUGCCUGGAGCUGGGCCUGGCCGGCUAACCACACGGGGGCACUGGCCCGGGCCGGGGCGGCGGGAGCGCCCGCGCAGCGCACGAAGAGAAAGCCGUCCAUCAAAGCGGCCCGCGCCAAAAAGAUCUUUGGCUGGGGGGACUUUUACUUCCGGGUGCACACUCUCAAGUUCUCGCUGCUGGUGACGGGGAAGAUCGUGGACCAUGUGAACGGUACCUUCAGCGUCUACUUCCGCCACAACUCGUCCAGCCUGGGCAACCUCAGCGUCAGCAUCGUGCCGCCCUCCAAGCGUGUGGAGUUUGGGGGCGUCUGGCUGCCGGGGCCCGCCCCCCACCCGCUGCAGUCUACGCUGGCCCUGGAGGGGGUGCUCCCCGGGCUGGGGCCCCCGCUGGGGAUAGCGGCGGCGGGGCCGGGGCUCGGGGGCACCCUCGGCGGUGCGCUGGCGGGUCCGCUCGGGGGCGCGCUGGGGGUGCCUGGGGCCAAAGAGUCGCGCGCUUUCAACUGCCACGUGGAGUACGAGAAGACCGACCGCGCGCGCAAGCACCGCCCGUGCCUGUACGACCCGUCUCAGGCGUGUUUCACCGAGCACACGCAGAGCCAGGCCGCCUGGCUGUGCGCCAAGCCCUUCAAAGUCAUCUGCAUCUUCGUCUCCUUCCUCAGCUUUGACUACAAACUGGUGCAGAAGGUGUGCCCAGACUAUAACUUCCAGAGCGAGCACCCCUACUUUGGAUAGCCCGCCCCGCCCUCGCCCGGGGCCCUGAGCUUCCCGCGAAAUCCCGGACUCCCUUAAGCGGAACCCCUGCCCCUACCCCGCAGCUCCUGAGGCCGCGUCCACCCCUUCCACUCUGGGGGUGGAGAGGAGCAGCCCUUCCUGGAUCCCCUUUUCCUUAUGGGGAGUGCCCACGAGGCUGGGGGUAGCCCGCAUUGGCUACAGCCUCAAGUGGAGGGCCCAGAAGGCAGCCCCAGAAUCGGCGGGGCUUGGAGGCGGUCCCCGCGUCCCCUGCGUCCCCACUGAGUCCUCUUCACGCCUGCCCCUGGCGCUGGGCUGGAUACGCCCUUUGCGCGCAGCUUUAAUAACGCCUUGCCUGGCACCCUCACCCCACCCCUUUCUUACUCCCAGCCCUAUACCCACGUAAAGACCGUAAAGGCCUAUACACCGCGGCCCAUUCCCAAUCCCUCUGCCUGUCGUAUGCCUGUCCCCAUUUCCCCCGAACCCCAGUAAUUAGGGUAGGGGAAGCAAAACUCGUGUGCAUAGGCGAUCCACUCGCCUGCCCUCUGCCCGCCUCCCUCCAGUCCCUGCCAGCCUUGCUCCACCUUCCGGCUGCUGCCUCUCGGCGAUUUUCUUUUUUUUUCCCCUACGCCAAAACAGAC